UUGUUCAGCGAAUCCGCCCCCGCACUAUCGAUUGUCCCCUCUCCCGGCGGCGGCCGCGUCAACAUGCAAACCUUGAUCUGUCCUAAAUCCAAAUCCAAACAGUGCGUGCAGUGAUAACCACGAUGGCAAUAGACAAGCUCGCGGCUCUCCAGGCCGCCCAGGACGAGUCCGACCCCGAGGACACCUACGAGCUGCUGUGCGAGAAUAACCCGACGAUGGAGGCCUUGUUCAACGAGAUCCAAGCCAUCCGCGAGAUGCUCAGCCACAUCGAGGAGUGCGUCAAGGAGGUGAAGGAGCUGCACAGCACCUUGCUGAUGGCACCGCAAGGCGACCCCAAGGAUCAGCAACGUCUGGAGGACCUCGAGGCCGAGAUCAAGCAGAAUGCCAACCGUGUCCGAUCCAAGCUCAAGCAGAUGGAGCCCGAGGACAAAGGGGAGACUUCCUCGGCGGAGUCGCGGAUGCGGAUGGCGCAGCACAUGACGCUGACCAAGAAGUUGAAGGAGAUCAUUACGGACUACACUAAGGCGCAGGUGAAUUACAGCGCCCUCUGCAAAGCCCGGCUGAUUCGCCAACUGGAAAUCGUCGGCAAGCAGUGCACAAACGAAGAGGUCGACGAGAUGCUGGAAAACGGGGAUGUUUCCGUCUUCACCUUCGAAAUCACGACUGACACCCGGGUGGCAAAGCAGCAACUAGCCGACAUCGAGGCCAGACAUGCCGACCUGAUGAAGCUGGAAACGUCCAUCAAAGAGUUGCACCACAUGUUCCUGGAUAUGGCGAUGCUGGUGGAAGGCCAGGGAGAAUUGAUGGAUCGAAUCGAGUAUCAGGUCGGACUGACAAAGGAUUACGUCGAAGAAGGCACGAGGGAACUGAACCAAGCCGCAAGGGCAAAAGACAAGGCUCGAAAGAAGAAAAUCAUGAUUGUAGUGUGCCUUACGAUAACUGGUAUUGUUACGUUCGGUAUUACAGGAGGAAUGUUAUUUUAAAUUGUCGGUGUGACAAAAUGAGUGGUGACGUCAAGAUGCUGGUUUUGAGGGUGAUGGAAAGAGGUAAGAGGUUCUGGGGUUUCCGGGCAGGAUCAUCAGAAAAAACUAGAACUCACAUAAUGCUGACGUCAUCACUUAUUUUGUCUAUCACGAUAGAUAUAUAGACUUUACUAUACGAAAAAGUCUGCCUCAAGUACUUAAGUAGUGUAGCUAGCUAUAGUUUCCCAUUUUUUCGUAUAGAAAAGUCGAUUUCACGCAAUGUGCCAUGUUUUACGUCAAUUACAUGGUGUCGUCAAUUUCACGUGAACAAGUGGUUAUUAAUUACGUCAUAUUCACGAAAAAUUUGACGUGCUAUUGACAUUAGUAAUGAUGGUCAAAUGUCCCGUCCGAGUGACGUCAUCUUGUAACGAACUGUUACUGACUGAAUUAUUGACUUAAUGGAAACGUCAUUUAUUGUCCAUUUUAAGACGCUUCCUAUAUUUUGCUACCUUGGGUUUUUAGAAAGAAAUAUGGAAUGAAAUGAAACACUAAAUAAUUUCAUAUUUUUAUAUUGUUUACCCUAAAUAAAGUUUUUUAUAAUUCGAUUAAUUAACAAUAAUUAAAGAUAAAUCAACCUUAGGAACACAAAAAUACAUAUGUACGAGUACAUAACAUUAUAAGAAAACUGUAACAAAACUUUCCAACAGAUUCCAAAUAUCAUUAUUAGUAAAACAAAAAUUAAAAAAAAAUUACUUUGUGAAAUCUUUUCAACGUUACUUCUGCCACCUUGUGAAAUUGUCGUUCCCUUACCAAAUCUUUAAGUUUUGCGAAACAUUGUGAUAAAAAUAAAUACCAUGUAAUACUAUAGACCUAACCUAACGUAACACUUGCCGGUCACCGAAGGUUGUCGCAUAUUUUUCGAAGGAGUUGUUUUUAAGAAUGAACUGAUGCGUGUUUUGCUUGAUAAUCUCGUAUUUUAUACGUAUUGUUUAAAAUAUAGACGUGUAAAUAUCCGUUAUUUGAAUAUUAUGUAAUGAGAAUAACGGAUAGUAAGUGCCAAUCAAAUGUGCCAAUUAACCGCCAUGACAAUAAAAUUUUGUAACGGAGGUUGGCAUCAUUUCUGUCCUCACGUUGACAGUUUUACUGUCGACUUACCUAUUAAGUUUGUUGCGGUGUUUAGAUAUGUUUUAAUGCUGCAUUUAAUCAACUGGUUUUUGUAUAACAUUGUUAAAAUUUUUGAAAAAUAAAAAAGAAAUUUA